AUGAUGUAUGGCUGCACAUUGGUCAUUAGAUGGAUUCGUCCAACUUACAAUAUUUACGCCACCAUUUGUGAUAUUGCUUUGCAGAAAAGGGAAGAGUUUGAGGGGAAGAGCGAUUCUAUAAACGUAACACUAUUAGCGGCUAAAACAUGUUUAAUGUUAUCGCUUGUUGUGGUCGUCAAUACCAUAAUUGGAUACUUGAGAGCGUCUGCACUGUUGGGCGAACUCCCGGUCUUCAGUGCGUGGGAGAGGUGUUCAACCGAUUUGUUCGUAUCAUUGCUAACGUGUUAUGCCGUUAUAUACUGUCGUGAAAGUGGGGGCCGUUUAACACGAUUCAUGUCCGCCCGCAUUUUUAUUGUGACGAUUCCAUUAGCGCUGGUGUUUGAGUUACCGGCGAUUAAAUUGCAACAAAUGGUAUCCAAAUAUCUGUUUGAAAAGCGAAAUGAGACGACAAAAGUCCAGAAAAUCAAAUAA